AUGUGCGAUCUUCUUUGGUCUGACCCCGAUGAGUUUUCGUCAUGGGGCGUUUCUCCGCGUGGAGCUGGAUAUCUCUUCGGCGAGAAUGAGACACAAAAGUUUUGCCGCAAGAAUGACGUUUCUCUAAUAGCGCGUGCACAUCAAUUGGUGAUGGAGGGCUACCGCGAGAUGUUCAAUGGAAGCCUCGUCACUGUGUGGUCUGCGCCAAAUUACUGCUAUCGGUGUGGCAAUGUCGCCUCCAUCCUAUCCAUUGAUGAUGAUCUCAGUCGUAACUACAAGGUGUUCGAAGCUGUCAACCAAGACAACGGAAAGCCUCCCAUCCGGAAACCUAUGGUUGAUUAUUUCAUCUAA